AUGAAGCUCAUCCCCCUCCUCGUCGCCUCCCUCCUCCCCAUCGGUCUCAGCGCCAGCCCUAUUGCCAGCGCGGACAAUCUCGAAUCCCGCAACCCCGGCGACGUCCUCAACCCCCGCACCGACGGCAUCUGCAGGAUUGUCAACGCGCCCUCGGGUGUGAAUUGCCGAUCGGGCCCGGGUACCGGGUACAAGGUGGUCCAGACCUUGAAAAACGGCCUUCUUCUCUGGUACCCGUGCUACAAGAGCGGAGAAUGCGUCACCUUGAAUGGGGCCGUCAACUGUGUGUACGGGGCGCUCGAAUUUCAGGAGAUAUUAGUAUGGAGGAGUUGUCUGCGAAGUCACGGUUUCCCGGCUCAUUCCGGUUUCAAUGAUCUUCAGAUCUACGACGGGAAUGAAAGCCAGGGUAUCGUUAUGAAAGACCUGCUGAAAGUGCCCGGUUAUGCAGGUGGCUGUGCGAGCUCAUCUCGUAACGGCGGGGACCGAGACGAAGGAAUGCCGCACAAUACGGCAGACGAGUUCUACGGACUUGCCAGGAUCCUCUCGCCGCCAAUGCGUCGGGUUUGGGUGGAUCCUCUCGCCGAUGACUGCCCCGGAACCCCGGGGCAGUCCGAAUGGCUGGGUUUCUGGUCUCGCAUUUCGCUGCGGCUCAAUCGAUCUGACAAGAAGACUGGUUGA